ACCAAGUGAGAAGAGUGAUGACCAUCCUUUUCCUUACUAUGGUUAUCUCAUACUUCAGUUGCAUGAAAGCUGCCCCGAUGAAGGAAGCUAGUGUAAGAGGACAAGGCAGCUUGGCUUACCCAGGUCUUCGGACCCACGGGACUCUUGAGAGCCUAAAUGGGCCCAGUGCUGGUUCAAGAGGACUGACAUCGCUGGCGGACACUUUUGAACACGUCAUAGAGGAGCUUCUGGAUGAGGACCAGGACAUCCAGCCCAGCGAGGAAAACAAGGAUGCAGACUUGUACACAUCCCGAGUCAUGCUAAGCAGUCAAGUGCCUUUGGAACCCCCACUGCUCUUUCUGCUCGAGGAGUACAAAAACUACUUGGAUGCUGCAAACAUGUCCAUGAGGGUCCGGCGCCACUCUGACCCAGCUCGCCGCGGGGAACUGAGCGUGUGUGACAGCACGAGCGAGUGGGUGACAGCGGCGGAGAAAAAGACUGCAGUGGACAUGUCUGGGGCGACCGUCACAGUCCUGGAAAAAGUCCCAGUACCCAAAGGCCAACUGAAGCAAUACUUCUAUGAGACCAAAUGCAACCCCAAGGGGUACACAAAGGAGGGCUGCAGGGGCAUAGACAAGAGGCACUGGAACUCCCAGUGCCGAACUACCCAGUCUUACGUGAGAGCUCUCACCAUGGAUAGUAAAAAGAGAGUUGGCUGGCGCUUUAUAAGGAUAGACACUUCCUGUGUAUGUACAUUAACCAUUAAAAGGGGAAGAUAGUGGAUUUGUGUUGUAUAGAUUAUAUUGAGACAAAAUUAUCUAUUUGUAUAUAUACAUAACAGGGUAAAUUAUUCGGUAAAAAAAAUAAUUUUAUGGACUGCAUGUAUAACUGAAGUUUAUACAGUACAGUGGUUCCACAAUCUAUUUAUUGAACAUAUCCAUGACCUGAAGGGGAACAAGUCAUUUGCGCACAAGUUUAAAAAAAAAAAAAAAAAGAAAAA